GCGGCACGUUGCCUAGCGCCUGUGUCUGGUAUCCAUGGAAACAGACACGCGCAGAGCUCGGAGCCGGUGUCAGUGUUGUGUGUUCGGUAAAGAUGGAUGAAAACAUAAAGGAAGAGCAGCUGCAGGAACUGUACGCCUGGAUAGACCAGGUACCUCUCAGCCGCCCGAAGAAGAAUAUUGCCCGGGAUUUCAGUGACGGAGUUUUGGUUGCAGAAGUUACCAAACAUUUUAUUCCCAAGAUUGUUGAAAUACACAACUACGUUUCAGCAAACUCAACACAACAGAAACUGUGCAAUUGGGCAACUUUGAAUCGCAAAGUAUUUUCCAGGCUGAACUUCCACAUUCCAGAUAACAUCAUCCGUAAGUUGAUUGCUAAUACUCCUGGAGUGAUUGAGCCAGUUCUAUAUACUCUGCGACAGAAGAUCAAUGAAAGACUGCAAGAUCAGAACCAGAGAGAGAACAUCUCACAAGAAUCUGAAUACUUCAGCACACAUACCGGGCAACCGACAUAUGGUUCUACAGCUGUUACUUCACCCACGUACGGCAGAAUAUUACCUCCUGCAGAUCAAGCCUACAGUCACCAAAAAAGACCGGAUGGCCGUUCGCACCCAUAUGCACAUCUGGAGUCUGGUGUACGCCUGCUGUUGGAAGAAAAGGAUCUAGAAGUGCUCGCCAUGCAAGAAACUAUACAAAUACUUCAGAUGAAAGUCCAGCGCCUGGAGCACUUGGUGCAGCUGAAAGACCUGAGGAUAGAAGAUUUGACAAGGCACCUAAAUAAACAAAGACUGCGGAAGAAUAUCACUUGA